AUGGAGCUAGAAAGUAUGCCACUGCAAAAGGACGAUUCUGCGCAGGCGAAGACACCGCUGAAGCAUGUACCAGUGAAGAAAAAUGUAACACGUCGUACUCCAGCAAAUAAGUUGACCACGCUUGCCACAAGUGACUCGGUGCACUUAACCGGAGAUGCGCGAGUGAGCAAAGAAAGAGAAUUGAACGAGGUGCAUAAAAAUAGUAAAUUAGAUAAUACUCAAGUAAAAGCAAUCGAAAGAACAGUAUCAACCACGGCGAACAUAAAUAAGGAAGAGAGAAAGGCACGAACAGUAAACCCAACAGUUACGCAACAAGACAAAGUAAAAGAAAUUCAACAGAAUGCGGGGGAGAAAUCGAUUAAUUCGAAUGCGGUCAGGGUCGUUGCAUACGCACCAAUAAGAUUAGCGGAAGUUGAUGAGACCACCACAGAAGAAGAUAUUGAGAAUUGUGUCGGUCAAAAGGCAAACGCUAACGACAUAAGUUUCGUCGUGUGCACGUGGAAUGGAUGCAACAAAUAUUUCACCAAGAUGGAAAAAUUCACUCAACAUCGUAAACGUGAUCAUGAUACAACGGAGGUUGAAAAGGACAUCUGGAUAUUCGGUAAUGUAAAUAAGGGAGGAGAGGCAUCAGCUAAUACAGUUUCUUCUAAAGCGACAGAGGGUGAGAGUUCGACAUCCAUAUCCAAGAUGGCAUCGUCACCAGUCAAGACCACGGCAUCAUUACCCGUUAAUCCUUCAUCGCCAACAAUGAAAGUAGAUGGACCAUCAAUUCUAACGUCGACAACCCCUGCAACCAUAGGAUUAUCGAGUAAACCACGAAAACUCACAAGGGAUCAACUAGAUGUGCCAAAUCCGAUGGACAAUAAUAACAACUCAUUACCAGUGAAACGAAAUCGUGAUUUGAUUGCUGUCGAAAAGGAGACGAAUGGUAAAAGAAGGGAAACACAACCAUCACCGCAAUUUCCUGGUGGGCACAAUAAUAAUGGGAAUGGCAACAAUAACGAAAUGCGCCAAGCGCAAAGACCACCAAGACGAUUUCCAAUGGAGGAAGAACAAAUGACUGGGCCUGACACACGAAUAAGAUAUCCAAGGGGAAAUCGUGGACAGAAUGCUAAUCCAUUGUACGGAAUACCUUAUGACACAGGUGAUCCUCGAUACUAUAACAUGCAGAUGCACCCAAUGAGCUUUGUCUAUAGUGAAAUGCCACCUCCGAUGCCUCCACGUUAUGAUGGUAAUUAUGGCGAUAUGCCGCCGUAUGGACAGUUUUAUGGUAAUGGAAAUCGUAGGUUUCUGACUAGUCCGCCGCCGCCACAGCCACCUCCACCAUCGCGACGUUCGAGAUAA